GCCACGCCUUUUCUCCUUAUACGGCUUGGCCACGCCCUCCCCCUCACGGAGUCGCGCCCGCGCGGUUCGAGCGCGGCCAUGGCGGAGCCGGGGAUGGAGCCGGAGCCGGAGCCGGAGCGGGGCCCGGAGCCGGUGACGGCCGAGGCGGUGCUGAGGGAGCUGCGGCUCUUCGAGCUGCGCUGCGAGGGCGAGGAAGUGCCCGAGAAGCUGGUGGAGCUGUGCCUGAGCCACGGGCUGGGCCCGGUGGCCUUGGCCAACGAGCUGCUGGCCUUCGUCACCAGCAAAGACCUCGACCUGCAGCUCACCCCCGAGGGCCUCGACGCCUUCGAGCACGAGGUGCUGGCCAAGCGUGGCAGCCGCGGCCGGCGCGGGCGGGACGAGCGCCGGGGGCUCCUCCACGACAUCCACUCGCUCCAGGAGCUCCUCGACGAGGGACAGGAGGACGAGCUGCUGGACGCCUACAGCACCCCAUCCAAGGGCUCCCAGAAACGCGGCAACUCCACACCGGAGACGCCCCGGCCCAAGCGAGCGCCGCCGUCCCGCAGCCCCUACGGGCUCUUCUCCCCCGGCAGCUUCUCCCCGAGUGUCACCCCCUCCCAGAAAUACUCGUCCCGUGGGGGCCGGGGCGAGGUCGUGGCCUCGUUUGGCUCCGUCCAGGGCCCGGCCUGGAGCGGCCGCGGCGGCUGCGCCGUCAGCCUCUUCGGCUGCCCCGAGCAGAGCCUCAGCAAACCCUACAAAUCCAUGUUCCAGAAGGCGCUGGACGUGCGGGAAGUGCUGGCCGAGCGGGUGGAGGAGCUCGGGGAGGUCCUGCGGAGGCACCACGGCCUGGACAGCUUCAGCUCAGCCGUGCUCCCGGCUCAGGAGCCGGUGACGGUGCUGGGGCAGAUCGGCUGUGACGGGAACGGGAAGCUCAACGCCAAAUCCGUGCUGCUGGUGGGGGACAGGGAGCACUCGGGGGGGGGCCAGGUCCCGCUGGACCUCUCAGAGCUUCCAGAAUAUUCCCUGUUCCCGGGACAGGUGGUGGCCCUGGAAGGCACCAACAGCACGGGCAGGAGGAUGGUGGUGACCAAGCUCUACGAGGGGGUCCCUCUGCCCUUCCACACCCCCACGGAGCCGAUGGCAGAGCAGAGGAUGGUGCUGGUGGCCUGUGGCCCCUUCACGCCCUCGGACAGCGUCGCCUUCGAGCCCCUCAGUGACCUCCUGGAGGUCGUGGCCCGCGACCGCCCCGACGUUUGUGUGCUGUUUGGGCCGUUCCUGGACGCCAAGCACGAGCAGGUGGAGAGCUGCCAGCUCCUGAGCCCCUUCUCCGACGUGUUGCAGCUCUGCCUCAGGACCAUCAUCGAGGGCACCAGGAGUGCUGGCUCCCAGCUCGUGCUGGUGCCCUCGCUCCGGGACGUCUCCCACGAUUUCGUGUAUCCGCAGCCGCCCUUCCCCUUCCCGGACCUGCCCAAGGAGGACAGAGCGCGCGUGCUCCUGGUGCCCGAGCCCUGCACCCUGGACAUCGACGGCGUCGUCUUCGGCCUCACCUCCACCGACCUCCUCUUCCACAUGGGGGCUGAGGAGAUCAGCAGCUCCUCCGGGGUCUCCGACCGCUUCACGCGGAUCCUGCGGCACAUCCUGACCCAGCGCAGUUUCUACCCCCUGUACCCACCCUCCGAGGAGCUCAACGUGGACUUCGAGGCGCUCGCGGCGUUUGCGGCGCUGCCGGUGACCCCCGACGUCCUGGUGACCCCGUCCGAGCUGCGCUUCUUUGUCAAGGACGUCCUGGGCUGUGUCUGCAUCAACCCCGGGCGCUUGACCAAGGGCCAGGCCGGGGGCACCUACGGGCGGCUGCUGCUGCGGAGAGAGCGGCCCGGGGCCAGAACCGGGGCCAGAACCGGGGACAAUCCUGAAGAGAAUCCCAGGGACAACCCUGGGGACAUUCCCGGGGACGCCCCCCGGAGCAGCCCCUGCGUGGCCGCCCAGGUCCUGAGGAUUUGAGCUCCCAGCUCCGCCCGUUCCCACCCACGGCACCAGGAGCAGGAACUGGGCUCAAAACUCCUGGAAUUCCGGUUAAAACUCCUGGAACUGGGGUUAAAACUCCUGGAGUUCCGGUUAAAACUCCUGGAACUGGGCUUAAAACUCCUGGAAUUCUGGUUAAAACUCCUGGAACUGGGGUUAAAACUCCUGGAGUUCCAGUUAAAACUCCUGGAACUGGGCUUAAAACUCCUGGAAUUCUGGUUAAAACUCCUGGAGCUGGGCUUAAAAACUCCUGGAACUGGGGUUAAAACUCCUGGAAUUCUGGUUAAAACUCCUGGAAUUCUGGUUAAAAACCCCCAAAACCGUUUGGCACGUGGAGGAUUUCCCCAGGAGGAUUCAGGAUUCACCUCCAGUAAAACGGAGUUUGGGAAGGGGAAUCCGGGCGUGGGAUCCUCCCUGUCCUGGCGUCACCCUUCACCUUCGGUGGCCUCGUUAGGGAACUUGGAGUUUAAUUAGUCCAAAACCAAUUAAUUACAGAAUCCUGGUGCUGCUGCUUCCCAGGAAAAAACAGCUGCGGGUCUGGCUUUGACCCUUUUCCCCAACUUUUUGCCCCAGAUUGAUGAUGAUGAAGGUGAAAAUUAAAGUUUCUGCCUGUC